AUGGAUACUAAGUCGACUGUGAACAUGAAGCAUACAUUUAUAUGCUUUUCAGUCUCAGUUCUUAAAACCAAAGUUGAGGUUGAGAUCACAACUGUUACUUGUAUCCUCAAAAAAAAAGUUUUGAUGCUUCGCCCAUCUGUGCUCCAACAGUUGUUCCGAUGUUCAACGCUUAACAUUGAUGAAAAUAAAACGGAAAUGAAUUUUUAA